GAGCUGAAUCAUUCAAAGCAGCGACUUUGCAGCGUGCACAACACAAGAAACGCAAGCAAAAACCAAGCGAGUGAGAGUGACUAAUAUCAACUGUGGAUUACGCGUGAUAUCGUCAAGUUGUAUUAUUUAUUACCAACCAACCAACCAACUAACUAACUAACCGUUCACAAAAUGGUGCUGGAGAUGGAAAUGUCGAAGACGUAUCAGUACCGCAAAGUAAUGAAGCCUAUGCUGGAGCGCAAGCGUCGUGCCCGCAUCAACAAGUGCCUGGACGAGCUGAAAGACAUCAUGGUGGAAUGCCUCACCCAGGAGGGGGAGCAUAUAACACGCCUGGAGAAGGCCGACAUACUCGAACUUACCGUGGAGCACAUGAAGAAGCUGCGCGCCCAAAAGCAACUCCGUCUGGGCAGUAGCUCCAAUUCCAGCGUUGCUGGCGACUCCAAGCUGAGCAUUGCGGAGAGUUUUCGUGCCGGCUACGUGCAUGCCGCCAAUGAGGUGUCCAAAACAUUGGCAGCGGUGCCCGGCGUCAGCGUCGAUCUGGGCACACAGCUGAUGAGUCAUUUGGGACAUCGUCUUAACUAUUUGCAAGUGGUGGUUCCCACACUGCCCAUUGGCGGCGCCAUGCCGCUCCAAACUACAGAUGAACUCAGCAGCAGCAGCAGCAGCGGCAGCAACAGUCCGAGUCCGGCGCUUGUGACACCGCCACCCUCAGAAUGCGGCAGUGCCAGUGGCAGUUGCAGCCCGGCGCCCAGUGAGGCUAGCACCAGCUCCAACAGCACCGGACCCAUGUGGCGUCCCUGGUGAAUGCAUUGCAGACGUGCAGCCUUGAGGCACAAGGCGUUGACAACUUACCCAUCACUUCGAAGACAGCUGUUCGCACGCAGGCGCGCUGGAUUGGAAACCGUGCGCCGACAGCUCGGCAUCGGCAGACUUCUGCCCACUCGGAUAGAGCCUGGACUACGGCUGACGAGUGGCGCUACAUUUUUAUGUACUAUACCAAGACCAAAUUGAAUAAAAAUAAAUGAUUUGAAAAGAAAAAAAAAAAC